AUGAUGGAAAAACAUUUUGUAGCAUCAAAUAAAAGUUACGUCAAGUUGAAGGAAUCUUUAUCUGAUACUGAAACGAAACAUCGAAGGACAUCUUCAAUUUCAUUUGAUGAACUGCAAUGUGAUAUUGAUAAAAAUUGUUCAGCAGGUGAUGGAAUUCGAAAGGUUUUGUCGAAGAAAAUUUCUAGUGGCAGAUCUGAAGCUUUAAAAAUCAGAGAUGAAGUUAAGAUUGAUUUGGGAAAAUUUGACACAAUAAGUAAUGAAAGCAGAUCAAAAGAUUGUUUUGUGAAAGAUUUAAAAAUUUAUCCAAUUGAUGAAGUGUCUGAAAAUACGUCUCGUGCAUCUUCAAAAAUGCGAGCAGAUCAAUAUGAGAAGCAACAAGAAGUGUUCCGAAUACUUGAGGAAAGCAGAAGAAAAGCUAAAAGUCGUCCACGGACAAAAGUUCAUCAUUCUUCGACGCAAGUUAACGUUGAAGAUAUAGCACGGGAAAGUAAAACUUUUUAUGAAUCACUUGAGUCGUCGACUGAUUCUUUAUUCAAAAAAGAUGUCAAAUGUGGAAAACCAUCAACAAGUUAUUCGUCGCUUGGGUCGUUAGAGUCAUUUAAGAAAGCGCAAUUAAAUCGUCUUAUUAGUGAGUCAACUUGCUUCUUAUACAAUCAAUCAAAAACUGUCAGAGAUCCCGAACUUUUAUCUAUUCGAACUUACAGUUCACAACCAAACUCAAACUCAACUACUUGCUUUGGUUGUCUCUCAAAGUCAUUAAGCAAUCUUUGUCGUCGUAAGGUAAAGAAACGUUAA